AUGCGAAUGAAGAUGAGUAUAGAGUUUGUAGCAAAACAAUUAUUUGGGUAUGUUUCUGACAAGAGCAAGGAGAAAAUAGGGGAGAAAUUUGGUAAUAUUUCACAAGGCCUUUUCUCUUUACCAUUGAACAUUCCUGGCACUACUUACCAUAGCUGCUUAAAGAGCCAAAGAGAAGUAAUGGAUAUGAUGAGGACCGCUCUAAAGGAGAGGCUCGCUGCACCUGAGUCAUAUCGAGGGGAUUUCCUAGAUCAUGCUCUGAAAGACCUCAGCACCGAGAAGUUCUUGAGCGAGGAAUUUAUACUACAGAUUAUGUUUGGGCUCCUCUUUGCUAGCUCUGAAUCUACCUCCAUGACAUUAACUUUAGUCCUCAAAUUCUUGUCAGAAAAUCCUCAUGUCCUGAAAGAAAUAGAGGCUGAGCAUGAGAAAAUCAUCAUGAACAGAGAAAGCCCUGAUUCUCCCCUGACUUGGGCUGAAGUGAAAUCAAUGACUUUCACUCUUCAAGUGAUUAAUGAAUCUUUGAGACUUGGAAAUGUUUCUCUUGGAGUACUCAGGAGAACAUUGAAAGAUAUCGAAAUAAAUGGAUAUACUAUUCCAGCAGGAUGGACUGUUAUGUUGGUGACUUCUGCAUGUCAAUAUAAUUCUGACAUAUACAAAGAUCCACUUACCUUUAAUCCUUGGCGCUGGAAGGAAAUGCAGCCUGAUGUUAUAGCAAAAAAUUUUAUGCCAUUCGGAGGAGGAACAAGGCAAUGUGCAGGAGCAGAAUUUGCUAAAGUCUUAAUGACUAUUUUUCUUCAUAACCUUGUCACUAAUUACAGAUGGGAGAGGAUCAAAGGUGGAGAAAUCGUUCGAACUCCCAUUUUAGGAUUCCAAAAUUCUCUUCAUGUUAAGUUAACUAAGAAGAAUUAAGCUUAAGAAGAUCAAAGCCUUAGUUAUUUUGUUCCGAAUACUCUGUAACUGAUACAAGAAAUGUUGUUUUCUUUGUUGGAGAUUGUUUUGAUAUAGUUGUUAAUUUGUACUUCUACUUCAAUGCAAAAAUUGUUUUCCUCCUAUUCAUCUUACUCUCAACAAAGUACUCUUGUUGACUAUUAAAUGAGGGCUGCCCAGUUUAUCUCUUUUGAUUGACGGAGUUUGUAAAUCUUGUGUGACAAGUCAGCAUUUGAGAUUAGUCAGCUCAGGAAAAGUACACAUAGGCCAACGGAAACGACCACGUUGGCUAGCAACAUGUAGGAUAAUUUUAUAAUUUGACCAAUGUAUCAA